CAGUGACCCAAGCCAACGUCUCCUAGGGUUUUGAGGUUUCCGUAGUAAAAAUCAAUGGCGUCUUCUCUCUCCAAAAAACUCUCCGGCGUAAUUUUUUCGAAAUACACAGCAAAACCCUCAGUUUUCUGCACCAGGAACCUCUCUUCUUCAUUAACCGACUCAGAGCCCGACACCGACUCAGUACCUUCCGCCCCUCUCGCAGCCGAUUCAUCUUCUCCGAAUAAGAAUCAGCCGAACGGCGAUCGCCCCCUCGAGAACGGCUUAGACCUCGGCAUUUACAAAGCAAUAUUGGUGGGGCAAGUCGGGCAGGCUCCUAUUCAGAAGAAACUCAAGAGCGGCCGGACCGUAACUCUGAUCUCCAUCGGAACCGGCGGCAUCCGCAAUAACAGGAGGCCUUUGGACAACGAAGAUCCUAGGGAUUACGCUAAUCGAUGUGCCGUGCAGUGGCAUAGGGUUUCGGUUUACCCGGAGAGAUUGGGGGAGCUUGCUAUGAAGAGCGUUGUGCCUGGUUCUAUUUUGUAUCUGGAAGGUAAUCUGGAGACGAAGAUCUUCAAUGAUCCCAUAACUGGCCUCGUUCGCCGGAUACGUGAGGUGGCCAUUCGCCGCAACGGGCGGCUUUUGUUUCUGGGCAACGGAGCUGAAGCUGAGCAGCAGCUUUCCAGAGCUGAUAUCGGCCGUGUUGGUUAUUACUGAGAAAUAAUGACUGAUUCCAAACGAGGAGCAAGUUCGAUGAUGUCAUCACCGGAGCUCAUUGGUGAAAAGUAACCAGGA